AUGGAGAUAGACUCCUUCCUUGAUGAUUCAAAAGUUAAUCGAAAUGUUGGAAAUAACAUUGUUGAAGCAACCUAUUGUGAUAGUGUAAUAGAAAUCACGAAGACUCUUCCCCAAAAUGAAUUAACAGAAUAUGAUUGUUGGUCCAUAUUCAAGGAAAGAGCAUUUGCAAAUAAAAGACCUUUACCUCUAGAUUUGAAGAAAAUUGGAAAGGAGAUUGUUAAAAAAUGUAAAAGGGUUCCAUGGGCUGCAAGAUUUUUAGGGGGAAUAAUGUACCUUAUACGUGAUAAUGGUGAAUGGCUAUCGAUUCAAAAUAAUAAAAUUUGGGAUUUAUCGGACGAUGAUAAUAAUGGAGUCUUUCACAUAUUAAAGUUAGGCUAUGAUCAUCUUCAAAAACCAUCUUUGAAACGAUGUUUCGCAUACUGUGCAGUUUUCCGUAAAGAUUAUGACAUGGAAAAGGACGAAGUAAUUCAGCAUUGGAUAGCUGAAGGGUUCCUUGAACCAUCUAAAGAAGCUAAUAUGGUGAUGGAGGAUAUUGAAGAAGGUUAUUGGAUUAAAGAAAUGGGACCUUUAAAGAAUAUCAGAGGAGAAAUAAGCAUAUACAAUCUAGAGGUGGUGGAAGAUGAGGAAGAAGCCAAAAGUCCAAAAUUAAAAGAAAAGGAAAUAUUCAAGUUGGGAUUAUACUGGAAAGAUAGAGAUGGUCAUUGUUAUAAUUUUAGAGCAGCAGAGUCCAACUAUGAUAAAGAUGAAAGGGUGUUGGAAGGCCUCCAGCCUCACUCAAAUUUGAAAAGCAUGGGAAUCGAAUUUUAUGGAGGAAAGAAAUUCCCAUCAUGGGUUGGUUUGUCGCUAUAUCACAAUUUGAUUGAGAUCAAGUUGAGUUCGUCCCAUAAAUGUGAAGAAGUUCCCACUCUGGGGCAUUUACCCUGUCUUAGAGUUCUUGAAAUGAGAGGAAUGAGGAAGUGGAAGGAUGCAAAGGAGUUGACAAAUGCAGGUGAGGUGUUGGUGUUUCCUUGCCUUGAGGAGUUGACCAUAAUUUACUGUGAUAAACUGAGAGAUUUGCCAGACUCACUGCACACCUGCAUUUCCCUUCAGAAAUUGGUAGUUGAAAGUUGUCUAGACCUGAGUUCUUUGCCAGGUGUCCUAUCACCUAUUCAACAAUUGGAGAUAAAGAACUGUAGUACUGAAGAACUACCCAGAGGGAUACAAUUCUGUACAUCUCUUCAAUAUUUGGAGAUUGGGCGCUGUUCGAAUUUGAAAUCAAUUCCAGAAUCACUGCAAUCCUGCGUUUCCCUUCAGAAGUUUGAAGUACGAUAUUGUCGUCAUGUGAGGUAUUUGCCAGGUGUCCCAUCAGUUAUUCAACAUUUGGAGAUAAUAGGGUGUGGUAUUGAUGAACUACCCAGUGGGCUACAAUUCUGCACAUCUCUUCUAUUUUUGAAGAUUGGGGACUGUCCGAAUCUGAAAUCAAUUCCAGAUUUAGGAGAAGUAUUUCAUUCUCUUAUUCAUUUAAAACUUAGCAACUGUCCUGAUCUAAGACUGAAGCUUUCACGGCGAGAGGGCCACUUAAAAGACUUUGAUAAUCGGUGGGUUUAUUGA